UAGGCGAGGGGGACGUAAAGCCCCUGGAAUCUUAGAACAAGAACGCCUGGCUUCUUCUAACUGGAUCUUGAAGAUGGAGUCAGGAAGAGCGAGUGCAGGAAAGGUGUCACUUCCACGGCUUCCUGAGCGCUCUGCCUGCUGCCACAGAUAUUCACAGAUUGGUGGCUCGCCGCUUGGUUUUUUGUCGUGGAAAUGAUGAGAUAAUCGUCCCGUGCGCUCGGCGUGGCAGGAGCUCACAGUGAUUUCGGGGAAGGAGCGAGCGCGGCUUCUCGGAUAGUGUGACUUUCUCUCCCGUGCGGAGAUGUACGCCGCGUUGCUUUUGGUGUUUUGUGGAUCGCAGCUGCUCAGCGCAGAAGAUGACACCUUUACAAUCAACGGGGUGAAGCUGAAGGCCCUUCCGUCCAGCAACAUGACCAACGGGGACAGGCUGCAGCUUUCUUGCUCGGCAGACAUCGCUAAAACCGGCCACUUCCAGCUAAACCUCAGAUUUAGCUUCUAUAAGGACGACCGCUUGCUCUAUAACAUCACGUCCCGGAACACGCGUGAAGUUUAUAUAAUUAACCCCAUCCGGGUGUCAAUGAGUGGAACCUAUAAGUGUCAGGUGGACGUGGCAAGGAAGACAGCCUGGGACGAGCUAAAAGUCCGAGUCACAGGUGUGUCUGCACCCAAUAUUACCGUUUCCAAGACCGAGGUGAAAGAAGGAGAAGACAUCGUCGCCACCUGUCACGCCCCAGAAGAGGAGCCGCCGCUCACGUUUACCUUCUACAAGGUGAUAGGAGGAAGAACGGUCCUGGAGAAAAGCAAGAUCACGAGCCUGAAGCUCGCUCAGACCGUGUUUCCCAUCGAGGAAGGCGAGCAGAUUGUCCAUUUUCAGUGUGACGUCACAGUCAUCUCUGUCCCGAGUGAAGGGAGGUCGCCUCCGAGUGCGGCCCAGAUUGUCACGGUGACAGAACUUUUUUCUACCCCAAGAAUCGAAGUCUCGCCAUCUCUCAACUUCACGGAAGGGAGAAACCUGUCCGUCACGUGCUCGGUCCAGACAUCUCCGGCCAUCUCCGAGGAGGUGGAAAUCACUAUCCAGAAGGAUAAGCAGAUUCUGAAAAGCUCCAAGACGGGGAACGCCUUCUAUUCGCAGCUCGCCACCGUCGCUCACAUGGGGCAGUACACCUGCAAAGCGGAACUGAGGAAGGCUUCGAAGAGCAGCAGCAUCUUUGUCGCUGUGACAGAGCUGUUCCCAAGGCCACGACUCCACGCCAAUGUCAGGAAUUUAAACUUAAAUGAAGGGGAUAUAUUGCCUCUGUCAUGCGCGGUUCCUGGAUUAAAGUGGGACGUUUUGAGCAACCAGAGCUUUUAUUUACUAAAGAACAAGGACUUCAGGAAACAGAUGAACAUUGGAGGCAAAUACAGCACAGCAGUAAAGGAGGCGGACACAGGAUCCUACACGUGUGAGAUCACCAUGUCUAACAUCACCAAGACAAGUGAUCCAGUCCACGUCAAGGUCCACGCUCCCGUGUCAAAGCCGGUUCUCGCGCAUGAAAGCAGCGGACACCGCAUGGUGGUUCUGGGAGACACCAUAGAGCUGAGCUGUUGGUCCCACAAUGGGACUCUUCCUAUCACGUACUCGCUGUUCCGUGGAACCGAGCUGCUGGGCAUGGUGGAGGUGACCAGCAAAAAGCCAGCAGUAUUUAAGGUUAAUGUGACCAAGUCACAGGAUCUGGUGAUGUACCGAUGCCUCGCCGCCAACAGAAACACUCGGUAUAACCACUCCAGCGACACCAUUAACAUCCCUGUUAUAACUCCUGUUAAAGGUGUCCAGUUUGUCACGAUACCGAAUGACGGGGAUGUGCAGGAAGGGACUGAGCUAAGCCUGGUGUGCUCGGUAGAAGGCGGCACUUUCCCCAUUGAAUUUCACUUUUAUGUUAAGAAAGGAAAAGAUCUCGUCCUGAAAAAUGCCACCAGUGUGUACAAGCACCAUGCCGAGUACGUGGUGUCGCCGUUUAACAAAGAGGAAGAUGGAAGUUACUUCUGCAAAGCGUCGAACCGUGCCCAGCACAGCCUACAGAGCCAUGCUGUAGCCAUGAAAGCCGUUCUUGCUAACUGGAAGAAAGGAGUGAUCGGCAGUUUUGUGAUUUUCAUCAUCGUGGCUGUGAUAAUCAUCUCAUUAUACUUUUACCUGAAUAAGAAGAAAAAGGGCCUAGAAGUUGCCCUCGAUAUGGCUGGAACACCAAAUGCCACCGGUUCAAACAAAGAAAAAAACGCAAAAGCCGAGGAUUCUUACAUUGGAUCCGUUCAAAAUGAAGACGGAAACCAUGUUGUUAACAAUUCAGGGGAAAACAUAGGAAAUAGUGACGUGGCGUAUACAGAAGUGGAGGUGGACACGGCCUCACCCGUCCGAGCUCCGGUAACGAAGGGGACAGAGACAGUUUAUAGCGAAAUCGUAAAGUGUGACCGCGAUGCUGUCGAAGCCAAUGAGAACGUGAGUAUCUAUUUCUGA